AUGGAGAAGCAACUCUUUUGUCAAUUCUUAGUCGUAAUGGUGCUAUUGUCGUCAUCUCGUAUUCAAGGAAACCCGAGAAAAGGAUGUUACGAUUCAGGUAUCACAGCUUUGAUGGGAUGUCCAGACUCUAUCGACAAGAAGCUUCCGGCACCUCCGAAACCAUCCGAAGGUUGUUGCACUCUUGUCCGAACCAUUGGAAUGGAAUGCGUCUGUGAAAUCGUCAAUAAGGGAAUCGAAGCGGCCAUUGAUAUGCAAAAGCUUGUCAAAGUCGCUGCUGAUUGUGGUCAUCCCCUUGCUCCUGGCUCACAAUGCGUUAGUUACCGAGUUCCUGGUGUAUGA